CAGCUGGUUGCUGACCCAUACAAUGCCUCGCCGCGUGUGUUCUCGCAAGUGACUGAAGCUACAACAGACGAGCGUGUGGAGUCACACUCAGCGCGUCGAGGUGGCGCAGCGCAUGCAAGCUCCAACGCUAGCGUCAACCUGGCUGAUUUGGCCCACCGGGGGCUCUGGUCCAUGGAUGGAUUUGCUAUCUUACUCGAAUACAUAUCGCCGACGACGGCUAGCGACCAGAACGUUGCAAAGGUGCUCGGAGGGUGGGUGGACACAAAGCAGGCUGGUCACCCGCCUACGCUUGCCGCGACUCUGCUGAUGUACUACCGCGACACGCUUGCUGUCGCACCACAACACAUCGUCCACCAAGAACUGGAGCGGGUACAUUCCACUCUGCACUCGCAGCUUGAAUGUCAGGAUGAGCCGCUUGACUGGGGAAGCAAGAUUCGCAAACGCUUUGUCACCUCCUUUAUUCCAUACCUUUGCCGAAACGCUGGAACGGCUACUCAUAGGACACCAGCAGCUGGUGACCUCCAAUGAGGAGCACAGUAGCAUGCUACAUCUUGUGCUUCGACGGCUUGAUCGUCAACCAGAAGGCAACGCUUCCUCCACCAAUGCGACGGAAGGUAGUCCAGAUGCUGAAGUUUCUGGCGGGCUCUCGUUGCGAUCCCCUCAGCUUGGUAAGGCGUGGCCCACUAACUUGACGAAGCUGAAGGGUAGGCAUCUCUCCGAUGUUCUCGUCCAGUUCUACACAGAAGGCCUGGGUUCUAUUCCAAAGGAACGAGGAAAUCGCGGGCAGAAGGAUUUCCUUCGAGCUGUUAAAAUCGUUGCCGACUUAGCCAGCAUCCCACCAGUUCCUGCAUUAUCGCGAGAGGUGGACAGGGUUCAAUGGGUAUCGGUACAGUCAAAGCCUGGGGUGAGCUAACUGAUCAGCAGCGGGCGGCGUUUCGCUCACUACCGCGUAUCCGGUUCUUAGCAGCAUGAGUGAGAUAGUUGGAGGCCUCUUGGUCAAGUUGGGAUUACACAAUGCAUAUGUAACUUGAAUACACGUCAUGCCACCUUCGAUGCACCAGAGCACCACCAGCUUCAACGACAUGAGCACCGCCAGAUCGGAGUGCACCACGAGCUCAGAAAACAACGCUGCAUCCGCGAGCACCACAGACUAAUUCCGAGAGCAGCACGAGCUCGGAGUGCCCCACCAGGUCUGACAGCAGCCCAGCAGUACGAGCUCCAAGUGCGCCAUGAGCUGGGAGGGCAGCACGAGCUCCAAGUGCGCCAUGAGCUGGGAGGGCAGCACGAGCUCCGAGAGCACCGACGAGCCACGAGCACCACAAGCUAAGAACAUCGCACGCCCCGUGAGCACCAACAAGUCCGCGAGCACGACCGAGCCCACGGCCACCACCAGCUACAUGAGCCCACCAGCUCCGAGUGUACCUCGAUCUCCGAGAGUCCGAGAGCACCGACGAGUUCGCGAGCACCACAGAGUCCACGAGCACCAACGAGUCCACGAGCACCACCGAGAUCACACCCACAACCAUCUACAUGAGCCCCUCCAGCUCUGUGUACACCACGAGCGGGCUUUGAGAUCACCACGAGCACCACUGAGUAACGUCCGCGAGCGCCACCGAGUCCAAGAGCGUCACUAACGGCACGAGCACCACCACGUCCGCGAGCCCCGCAAAAACUCCAGCUCCGAACGCAUCACUAGCUAUAUGAGCACCACCAGCGAGUCAUCUCCUCAAGCGCCACCGAGUCUGCGAACACCACCGAGCCCGCGAGUGUCCCCACUGUGUGAG